GUGCAAGUUUCUAAUAAUUAAAAGAAAGAACAUACCCUUCCUUAAUCAUUAUAUACGUGCAUCUUCAAUUGGAAAGUCAGCCACUCGAAAACAACAUCUGCAAACUCAAUAUUCCAUCGGAUUCUCCCACCUCUCAAAUUUCGAAAGGUAUCUUCCGGUUCUUUCCUGUUCAUGAAUAAAUCUGAGGAUGGCCCCUGCAUCAUUUAACAAGUUUCCCCAGUUACCAGAUUCGCCUCGAGUUUUUUCUUCCAAUACAUCAAUAAGUUCGACAAUGUAUUCGUUGUCGCCAAAAUAUGGAGAUUCUUUUAUGGCAAACCAACAUCCUUACUCGGUUAUGCAAUCCACACAUUUAGACGGCUAUGCCAAUGAGAACCAUGAUGUUUCGUGGAAUGAGAUCGAGAACUUUCUCGACACUCCCCUGAAAGUCCCCAACCAGGACUGCCAAAUCAAAACAUCUAGAGAUCCGAUGGUGAUAGAAGAUAGUGCUAAGAAAACUAAUUGGCAGGAAUGGGCCGACCAAUUGAUCAAACUUAAUGAUGAGACACUCGGUUCAAACUGGGGUGAUCUUCUCCUUCCUGGCAAUCUUCCCGACUCUGAGCUAAAUCAGCUGCAGCCUCGUCCGGUACCAAAUGUAAAUUAUUGUCCAGCAAUAGGCUCUCCAACUGUGUCCUCUAGCAAAGCACGAAUGCGCUGGACGCCAGAACUUCAUGAAGCUUUUGUGGAAGCGGUGAACAAGCUCGGUGGUGGCGACAGAGCUACGCCAAAGGGUGUUUUGAAGAUCAUGAAUGUCAAAGGCCUGACGAUAUAUAAUGUGAAAAGCCAUUUACAGAAAUACCGAACUGCCAGAUAUAAGCCAGACUCACCAGGAGGAACUCCAGAAAAGAAGUUAAAAACUGCGAGCGAUAUGACAUCUCUCGACUUGAAAGCAACUGUGGGGAUAACUGAAGCUCUCCGGCUACAGAUGGAAGUACAGAAGCAGCUACACGAUCAGCUUGAGAUUCAAAGAAAUCUGCAAAUACGUAUCGAAGAACAAGGGAAGCAUCUCCAAGAAAUGUUCGAGCAGCAAAGAAAGCUGGAGGAAGUAAAAGGGAAACCCCCAUCCUUGAAGUUGGAUACACCUCGAACGCCAGCUACAAAAACACAGCCUUGCCUUGGCAACGACAAGCCAGAAUCAUCACAAAGCAACUCUCGUGCUCCCUGCAGUCCUCCCCCGGGCGCACUUGGAUGGCGUCAAGACUCAUGACAUAUACUCCUCUUGAAAAAUGAUGCUGAUUGGGGAUUCUUGAUUUUUAUGCCAACUAGAAUGGCAUGAAUAUUUGUUUUUAAAGAAGUAUAUAAUUUAUUUUUUACAUGUAUUUGUAGAUAUUUAACCCUUCCCUGAUAUUCAUUGUAUUUUUAAUGACAGUUUCCUUCAUAAAGUGCUCAUGUUUUUUGACAUUUGAGUAUACUAAAAUUAACCUUCA